AUGCAUAGGACACUUGGUCCAAUGGACAGAUUUGCAACAGCUAUUGAUCCGGAAUCGAGACCUCUUCCAACUAGGCAACAAAAUAUCAGUGAUGCUAUUUGGAAAGAAAAAACAUACAAGGUUCAAACAUACAUGGCUAGAUGGGUGUAUGCUUUCAGUGUUCAAUUUAGUGUUACAGAAAGUGAUGAGUUUAAAAUGAUGGUUGAAGCUAUCGGACAAUUUGGUCCAGGAGUUACACCCCCUAGUCAAUACCAACUACUGGAGCGUUUACUAAAGGAAGAGGUUGAGAGAAUUAAUGGUUUGCUAAAACCACGUGAAGAAGAGUGGAAGAAGCAUGGGUGCACCGGUAACGUCUGA